AGCCCCGCCCGCGCCCCGUCCCCGCUGCCCGCACCAUGUCCUGCGCUCCCGCCGUGCCCGUCGUCCCCGAGGACGUCUGCAGCCUCCUGGCAGAUGUUGAAACAUUUGUUUCCCAAAUGCUAAAAGGAGAAAAUCUAUCCAAGAAAGCAAAAGAAAAAAGGGAACUUCUUCUUAAGAAGAUAAAGGAUGUUAAGGCAAGUUACUCUCGGGAGUUCCCGGAGGAAGAACUGGAAGAUGAGGACAAGUCUGAGAACUCUCUUUCUUCACCUCUUGAUAGUGUCUCAAUAGCAUCUGACCGAUAUGAUAAAGAGGAUGAAGCACCUUCUGAUGGGAAUCAGUUUCCUCCUGUUGCAGCUCAGGAUCUUCAGUUUGUUCUGAAGGCUGGAUACUUGGAAAAACGUAGAAAAGAUCACAGUUUUCUUGGCUUUGAAUGGCAGAAGCGUUGGUGUGCUAUCAGUAAGACGAUCUUCUACUAUUAUGGAAGUGACAAAGACAAACAACAGAAAGGUGAAUUUGCCUUAGAGGGCUACACCAUCAGAAUGAAUAAUAGCCUUCGGAAGGAUGCAAAGAAAGAUUGCUGUUUUGAAAUCUCUGCUCCUGAUAAGCGCAUUUAUCAGUUUACAGCUGCCACUCCCAAAGAAGCAGAGGAAUGGGUACAGCAAGUCAAAUUUGUAAUUCAAGAUACAGGAUCUAAUACUAUUCCUGAGGAGGAGGAAGAGGAAUACGAUGAUGUUGAACAAGUGAACAGUGAACCGACAGAUGAGAGCAUUUAUGAAGAAGUUAAAGAAGAACGGGUUCCUUCAAAGGCUGAAGUGCCAAGAAAAGAGAGCCAGGAGGAUGUUACCACUGAUUCAGAUAGCGAAAAUAUCGAUUAUGCCAAUUUCUAUCUAGGUUUGUGGGACUGCACAGCAGAUGUACCUGAUGAGUUGACAUUUAAACGAGGUGACGUUAUCUACAUUCUCAGCAAGGAGUACGAUGAAUAUGGCUGGUGGGUAGGAGAAAUGAAGGGAACCGUUGGCUUGGUGCCUAAAGCCUACAUAAUGGAGAUGUAUGAUAUUUGAGAGGCCUGGAUACUUCUGCGGAGUCAAAUCUGGAUACCGUGGAAUUCUGAUACAAGUUAUGCAACAAAUCUUCAGUGCUACGUGGAUGAGUACCUGCGGUCUCGCUGUCAAAUCCAGAAUGUUGUGGCUGAAAACAUCGGUUGAAACAAAAAGCUACGCUAAAAUACUACCACUUAUGGACAAGGGGUUGGGCAAGUCAGAGUUAAUACUUUAAAUACUCUUGUUUUGGAGCCGUGCUUUGCCAUUAGCAUGCAAGAUCAACUUUUUUGAAGCUUCCCACACAGUUGAUUUGUGAGACCCUUAAUCUGCCAAGGAGGCUGAUCAGGCCAAUGUGUGAGUUGCUGAGCCUGUGCAGGUCCCUGUGUAGUUGCUUGUGCUGUUUAUGCUUCAGGCGGACCCUGGAAACAGUGUGGGUUAAAAGGUAACGUUAGCCUGAACUCAGAAUUCGGAUCCUUUCAGUAAACUGAGAUGUUAUGCUUUGUGUUAGGUAAUGUAUGGUCCUUGCUGGUACACUGGAUUCUAAUAGACGUCAAACGGGCUACGGAGUUUUGUUUCAAUUUUUUAAAAAGAGAUAGUCAUUGAAAUGGAUUCUGUGCGUUAUCAGCAAAGCAUUAAAAUGAUAGAUUAUAGUCUUCAGAUCUUUUACUACUUUAAUUUGUCAAGCGUACCGGUGGAUUGUGUACAGAAUGUGAAGCGUUAAUAGCAGGGCUGGAAACGCUCCUUCUCCCUUGUUAACAUGGCAGCGCCAUAAAUCUGCCCACCGAAAUGGCUUUUUAUUAAUUGCGUGAUUCCGAAUCCCUGCACCGUCACCACCUACUUUUUUUUUUGGAGUAAACCCCGUUCCCCCCUCCCCCCAUAUCCUUGAGACCAAAUGCCUACGGACGAGACUUGAUUCAGCGCGGGGCCGGCGCCGGGGUGCCGCUGCCGAGCCGGGGGCGGCCCCGGCCCGGGCCCUGCGCUGCGCGGCUGCGGCGCUGGGUGGCAGCAAAUUUUCAUGGGACGGGAGGAGGCGGAGGCGGAUCCCGAUCCCGUCCCUGUCCCCUUCCCCCUCCGUGCUGUCCGUCCCGCGCCGCUUCUGCCUUUUUUCCAGGAGAGGGAGUCCUUACCCAAGCGAUGAGGGGCAGGGCUGCCCAGAGCGGCCUCUCCUGGGUGGUGGCAACCAAAGAAAUCAAGUGGCUUUUGUCUGUAGUUCUGCUUUAGGGCUUCCCCCUCUUGGUACUUGGGGGAAGGGGGGGAGGGGAAGUAAACAAACUACCUUAACAUGUAAAACGUAAAAGAUAUCUGAAACUCACUGGAAAUGUCUUGGAAUAACGUCUCAAACGAAUGGUUUACUUUAAAUCGGUGCAAAUAACAUAACCUUUUUUGGAUAAGAAAAUCUCUGUUAAUACAGCUUAAACAAAACUCGGAGGUAGAAAAUGCUAAUCACAUUAUUUUCUUUGUUGCUUAGGUUGCUCUUGCCUUUCAUGAGCAGUGAGUGAAUUUUAUAAAAGGUGAUUGUAACUCAUAUAUUGUACAGUGUUUUACUUGAUUAUUUGCUCUGUUCUGGAUUUGUACGAUCCUGCCAUUAGAUCUUAUAAUAAUGUUCUACUCUGCAAAUUUUUAAGGUUCAAAUAAAGUUUAAUUGUUUGCAAACUGUUA